AUGAAACCAGUUAAGGAUCUCCAGCAGGAAUGUCAUGCGCUGAAUAUGCGCCUGGAUAUGAUGAAAAAGAUGGAGUCAGAGUACCUUGAAGAGAUAGAGGAGCUUAAAAGAACGGUUGACAAUUUGGCACAUCAGUUGGAAGAGAGACGCUGUGACCCCCAUCCAGAAAGUACAGCGAAUGUCACACUUGAAGCCAACAAAUCUACGGUUGAAAUCGUCCAGCAGAUAGAUCUGCUGCAGGCCGAAUUGGAACUCAGCGAAAAGAAAAUAAUAGAUUUGGAAUCACAAAAUGCUCUCCUUCGAGAACGCAUCGAUAUUCUGGAACUUACGAAGGAAAGUACCAUACUUAAUACUACUGUUGAAAACACCACAAAUGAGCUUAUUGCAGAAAUUGAUGGCCUUAAAACGCAGCUUUGUUCCGAAAUAUCUGAGAAGGAGCGAAUGCAUAUUCUGUUUGAAGAAAAAGAGCAGGAUUUGGUGGCCGCUAGAUUUCAAAUAAAUGAAUUGCAAUUGACUGUUAAGGUUCGUUCACUUGCACUUACAUCUGUUACUUUACUUCAUCAGCUCCCGAUUCCCUAG